GCUGUGGAGUACGCCGAAGUUGGUUAUUCCAUGGAAUGUUAUGUGUGCGAGAAUCAAGACGACAACAAUGGGAAGUGCCUUAAAACUAUCAAAACCUGCAACCCUGACGAAGACAUGUGCCUUUCUGAAAUAAAGUGGGGAACCCAGCCGUAUUGGUCACAGGGAGCCAAGAAACAAUACUACAUUUCAAAGCGCUGCGCCACAAAGAAGGAAUGUGUGCACACGAGACGCAACUACAUGGGUACUUGCACUCACAUCUGGUACCAGGACUGGCAAUGCGCCGAAUGCUGCGCCGGAGACCGCUGCAAUUACUAUGUCAUUACGGGUUCUAGUGCAAACAGAGCUAGUGUCAUUGUGAUUACAACCGUAGCGGCCUUCGUCAUAUUCAUGUCGUUCCCAUUCAGACUCUGAAGUGGAUAGUACACUUCUCAACAUCAUGUCCAUUCCAAUCAACUACAACCAGAUGCAGUUAUAAUAGAAUUUAAGUGACAUCGUUCUUUCAUACUUGAAUAGAUUUUAAAUCUUCAUUUACAUUAGUACUUAGGCUGUAUCAAAUGCUUAUGCAUUACUGCACGCACAUUUGCCGUCCAUAUCUGGUAUAACAUAUUUUGUACAGUAUUUUAUACAAUUGGUUUUUUUAUAAUUUUUACCUAGUGGUAUUUUAACAUAGUAUCUCAAUAUAAUUAUAAUGGAUACAAUUUGUUUUAACGGAUAAUAUAUUUUGCAUUACUGCACAUACAUUUGCCGUCCAUAUCUAGUUUAAGUUUUUCUGUAGUAUUUUUUACAAUUAGGGUUUUUAUAUAACUUUUUGCUUUAUGGUAUUUUAAGUUAGUGUUUCAAUAUAAUUGUUAUAUAUUUAAUUUAAAAGAUACCAUUAAUGUCCGUCCAUUAACCAAACAAAUAUGUCAUUCGACUUGAAACACUCCAUAUAAUUGAAUGCAUGGACAUCAAUUUAAAAAUAAUUGUUUAACAUAUUAAUUAUCUAAUUUGAAUAUGUAAAAUUUGAAUUUUUACAUAUCUUACUGUAAUUUUGUAUCAUGUUAUUGUAUUUCAGCAAAGUAUCUCAGAAUAAUUUUGUACAUUUUAGUGAUAAGUUUUAAUAGCCAUUAAUAUCCGACAAUUGACCAAACAAAUACGUCCUCCUACAACCUGAUACAUUCUGUACAAUUAAAUGCGUAGUCCUUUAAUUUAAAAAUAAUUUUUGAACAAACUAAUUGUACAGUUUUAAUAUGUACAAUUUGCAUUUUUACAUAUCUCGACUGCAAUUUUCGAUGAUGUUAAUGUAUUUUACCAUAAUAUCUCAGAAUAGUUACUGUAUAUCUUAUUGAUGAGUUCUACUUACCAUUAAUAUCCAUCCCUUGACCAAACAAAUACAUUCUCAUACAACUUAAAACAUUCUGUAUAAUUAAUUGCGUGGGUCUAAAUUUAAAAAUAAUUUCUGAACAAACUUGUACAGAUAAUUUGCAACAAAUGAUUUACAUUUUUACAUACCUUAACUGCAAUUGUAUUUUAGCAUAGAAUAAUUAUUGUAUAUUUUAUUGAUAAGUUUUACUUACCAUUAAUGUCCGUCCUUUGACGAAACAUAUACAUUCUCAUACAACUUGGAAAUUGCGUACAAUUAAAUGCUUGGACCUAAAUUCAAAAAUAAUUUUUGAAUUGUACUGUUGUAUAUGUACAAUUUGCAUUUUUAUAUAUCUUGGAUGCGAUUUUGGAUGAUGUAUUUUAGUUUAAGAUCUCAGAAUAAUUAUUUUAUGUUUUAUUGAUAAGUUUUACUAACCAUUAAUAUCCGUCCAUUUGCCACACCCAAUAUGGCCUUGUACUAUUUGAUCCAUUUUAUACAUACAUAGACCUAUAUGUAAAAAUAAUUUUCGGGCAAAUUUAUUUUACAUGUCGCUGCUAUUUCAUUGCACAUAUGCAAUUGCCCUAAUGAUAUUUUUAGCAAUAUUUUUCCUCCAAUAUUUUUGUUUUGAUGUUUACUUCCUUUUAUUAUUUUAAUAUUGUUUAAUGUGACCAACACUUUAUAAAUAUGGGUAUGUUGUAAUAAUAAAAUAGUAACAAUAGCAAAUAUUAAAAAAAAUAUAUCUUACUAUUGAAGAAGUGUUUAUUCUUAGACUUCUUAACAUUUUCUACAUAAAAUUUUACUAAGAUUAUUUCAUACAGUUUUAACAAAGAAUAAAAAAACAAAGAAAUACAUAUUUACUAACUUAAAUUUACUUUCAGUACUCUCCUAUUAAGAUCAGUUUUAUGUUUUUUAUAUUAUUUAUAAAGUUAUAUCUUACUAUCCAAAACAAUUGAAUAAAAAUCAGGUAUCAAAACAGAAUUUAUAUUUAAAUAAAAAUAUUAAUAUCAUUAAAUUUUUCAGUGAUUAAUGUUGUUUUUAAAUUAGUCACAGUGCACAUGAAAGCUAAGGCGCAAUGUUUAAUUUUCAGUUUUGCAAUCUAUUUUUUAUAUUGAUAUAAAAUAAUAUAUGCCUCACUUGUAUGCAAAUUUUGUAUGAAGUUAUAAGUAACAUCUUUUACCGUUGUAUAAUAUAAUGUGUUGUUUUUGUACUUUCAAAACUUAGUCCUUAGAAGGUACAAACGAUCUUAGUUAUUGAAUCUCAUGAUAAAACCUUUUCACUGUUAUUUCUGAUAUUAAAGGGACUUGUGGACUUGGAAUCCCUACCAUUUCACAUUGACAGUGUAAGGGUCAAUAAGGGCAAAUUUUAUACUAAUUCUCACCUGCCCACAUUGCAGCUGUCAGAUAUGUACAUAGUGUGACUUACUGUAAUUCUGCAACAGUCUGUGUGUAAAUUGAUGGUAUUCAUUUCAUUUCUAUUUCUAGUAAAUGUUUACAUUAUAGAUUUUAUUAUAUCAUGAUACCUUAUGCAGUAACGAAAGUUACUUACAGUCCAGUUGAAAUGUUGUUUUGAUACCUUUUUCAAUAAAGUUGACUUGAUAAAAGUCAAUAUUUGGCGCAUUGUAGAACGUGAUAUUGUUGAAUAUCAAUGGAGAAAGUUUGGAGUCUAUUUGGAAUUGAAAUAGUUCUCUAACAAUCUGUCAGAUGGCAGCACGAUGUAUGGAUAGGUCUAUAAAAUUCUAGUGGCGGCUUUUUGAAUGAGUUGGUCUGUUUGUUUGGGGAAGAAUAAAUCUGAUGUUAAUACUUAGUAUUUAUUCAUGAUUGUUAGUUAUUUACCAAUACCGUUCAGUAACAUUUUCAAAAUUUUGGUUCAACAUUGUAAACAAAACUUUUACUGAGAGUUUGUACGCAAGAUUAUGCAAUACUAAUUUCAAAUCGUCAAUACCCUAACUGUCGAUUCUGAUAAAAACUAGUUGUCAUGUUGAUAUGAUUUAAAAUAAAUUUCUUUCUGAUUAUUAAAUAAAUUUUUAUUGCAACUUACUUGAGUAUUUAAAUAUAACAAACAACACUGUUUCUGUAAAUGAGCACUUAGUUUUCAGUAAAUAAAUGAAAAUAUAAAUAUAAAUUUUACCUAUUUACGUAAGUCACCGUAACAGUUGGUCAAGUAAACAGUUUAAGAACGUAAUUAAUUACUUGUUCAUUUAUAACAAAAUCAUUAAUAAGUAAAUAACAAAACAAAUGGUGAUGUUAUUAACCCUUUAAGCGCGGUGCGAUAAUGUCAAAGCUUGUUAUGCUGUUGUGGAAGUUGACGUAAUGCCUCAGUUGUUUCAGGUCUUAAUUUAAUGUAUAACGUUGAUAUAUUGAAAUUAAUAUUCUCAAACAAUAAAAAAAACAAAGUACAUUUAUUUAUCAAGCACUAGUGCUCAUUUUUAUUGCAGUGCGCCAAAACCUAAGAAGAAACAACCUCAGCUGAGAUGUAAAUUGUGAUUUAAUCAGAUCUAAUUUACAGUCUCUGAUCAACUUUGAUGCAGCUCAUAUAAUGCAUAUAUAGGCUCGGAAAUGUAGAACAUUGUUUUAUUCAUUAUUAACAUUUUGUUAUGUUUUAUUAACAUUCUAGUAGUGCUGUUUAUUGAUUUGUUCAUACUAGGUCAGGAAUGGAAUUUUUUUUCUGUUCCAAUAGCAGUUGGUUUAUGUACUUAUAUCAAGAUUGAAAACAACCAAAUACUGUACAGUGUUACGAUAUUAAACAAUAAAGAAAACUGAUUUAUUGUGUUUAUCAAUAAAACGUGAAACUGUGGUUUCAUGACUUGGUACGAAUACGAUAAUAAUUGGGAUCAUACUAAUAAAUAUCAUGGAAAAUAAUUGUACAGCCAACUAUAAUGUUGAGAUUUAUGUUUUGAAUGGUAUUGUGUAAUUUUUAUAGUUUUCUUUUCCAAUUUUGCACCUUCAAGGGUAUAUUUAGAACAAUAUUGUCUCAAAGUACAAAAUAUCUUUUAAGGUAAAACAUUCCACUUGUUUUCAGCAUCAAAUGCUUAUGGUUAGUAAACAAAUAGUUUUAUUUGUUAUUGUGAUCAGAUUUGUAUAACGGUUAUAAAAUAUUUUUGUAUAAACUCAAUUAUUCUAUUUUUGUUUAUUUGUGUUAUAUAUUAGAGUUCAUUCAUAUUAGAAUUCAUUCGCACAUUUUUUUUCAUUUUGGGUCACAGUUUCUUUUGUCACUUCAAACAUUCUCUGUUUGCUGUUUUGUACUGCAAACGUUAAAAACUAGCUUUCCAAUUUUUGUAUUUUUAUAUAUUGUUUGUAAUUAUUAUGUCUAGUUUUUUACAAAAUAAACACAACUUCAGUUUAAUACAUCAGACAGAAUGAUCAAAUGCCUUAUAUCUAUAGUUAGGAUUCAAAAAAUAAUAUUGAUAUUAAGAUUAAAUUAUGUUAAUAAUGCGUAUUGUUCAGGAAAUGUAAUAAAGAUGUCUAUUUUGUA